AUGUCGUCCAAACUCAUCCCGGCUAAUCCGUCAGACGUUCUCGUCGUUCGGGACAUCACACCCAAUAUAACCACAUUGUCCGUGCCGUUCUUACGUCAUGGUGUAAUCUAUUUCGGAGGCAGAGGCACAGUUGUGCGACUCUCCGGCGGUGGCGUGUUGCUGUUUUCGCCUGUGGCGUUGACGCCAGAAGCAGUCGCCGUGGUCGAACGCCUUGGCGGCGGCCAUGGUGUCAAGUACAUCGUUGCCGGUGACAUUGAACACCACAUUUUCAUAUCUGAGUGGGUGAAGGCCUAUCCAGAGGCACGCAUCAUCGCGCCUGCUGGACUGCCAGAGAAGCGAGCUGCCACCAAGGGCAGCGAUCCCAAGAUAAGCGUCGAUGACAAAUUCUUUGCCGUUCUGGCCGACGGGCAGUCAAUGCAUAAGUCUAUUUCGAUUGCACCUGACUUUGACGCCGACUUCUCCGUCGUGUAUAACGACGUCCACCCAAACAAGGAGAUCAUCCUUCUGUACAAGCCUGACCGGGUUCUCAUCGAGGCCGACCUGAUGAUGAAUCUUCCGGCCACCGAGCAGUACUCACGCACUGAUGCUGAAACACGGCAUAAUGUGGAGCAUCCAAAUGUUAUCAAUCGCAUAUUCUACCGGUUGAUGACCACCACGGGCUCACCCUUGGCAGGACAGCGCUUCAACUGGUAUGCUGUCAGCUCUCGCAACCGGCCCCGUUUCAACGAGGCGAUACAGCUGAUCGACAAAUGGGAAUUUGACAUCUUGAUCCCAUGUCACGGUGACACCAUAAUGGAAAACGGGAAGGAGGCUUUCCGAAAGCUUUUUGCUUGGCAUUUGGAACAGUAA